UAUAAGGAACCAGAAGAGGUAAUGGAAGUCAUGAGGUCUAAAGAACCUCAAGAUAAGGUAUUGAAAUGUUUUUGUGAAUGGGGACAAGGGGAAGAAUUUGUGGGGGGGGGGGGUUGGUAGUUAGUUGUAGAAAUUAAUUGUGAAAAUAAAAAUAAAAAUUUGAGUCAAAUGUUCAGAUAAUCCAGUGUCCCACCAAAAUUGUACCAUCCCUUUAUUGUGGGAUAUUGAAUUCCAUUAUCAUUACCACUUCUGACUGAGUGUUAGAAUCAGAUCUAAGCAGAGAAUUUGGCUGGUAAUUUUUAUUCUUGUUAUGUUAUUCCCCAGCCCACCAACUCAUUCAUAACUUCAGCAUUUCAACAUAUCACGUUGUAUAUCUUAGCUUAAAAUAUUUUAAAUAUUCCUGAUAUUUUAUAUACUUUCUUUAUUACAACCCACCUUACUGUGUAUAUUAUAAUAUUUUACUUGUAUCGUUUUUGUUUUUAUUCUGUUCAGGUCUAUAACAACAUGUUUUUUGCCAGUUGUUCGAUUUUCCUGAUGUAAUGAGACCUAGUUAUUACCUCAUCAGUAAUUACCAGUCUUGUCAUAAAUAAAUCUCCCUUUGAUAGUGUCUCAAUGGAUUUCCAGAGAAUACCAGCCAAAGUCUAAACAAGGGUAUAAAAACCCCUUCCUGAUAUUCUAAGCAAGGAGGAGGUCAGAGGCAGAGGAAGGAUUUCUGCUUUUCUAUUUGUCGAGUUGCAAAACAGGAUUUUAAUCUGUGAAUUGUUAGAGAAGUGCUGUUUGUGGCAAGGCAGAAUAUUGAAAAUAUGUUCUAGAUGGAAAUGAGUGUUUCUGAAAAGAAAUAGUAUUUGCCUCAGAAUGCUGUUGUUUAUUGUGCCUCUUCUCUUUCAUUUGCCACAUAUGGUGUGCAAACAUACCACUAGUUGCGCCAUCCAAGAUCUGUCCAGAAUUCCACAUGAAUACUACCAACCUGGUCAUCUUAUUAUUGGCGGACUUGCUUCUCACCUCUUUACUUCUUUUGGUGAAGAAGACUUCACAGAAAGGCUACCUAUCCAUCAACUUCUUGAUAUCUUUAUUUUGCCAAAGAACUAUCAGCAUAUCCUGGCCUUGGCAUUUGCUGUCAAGGAGGUCAAUGAGAACCCCAAGAUCUUACGUAAUAUCACCUUAGGAUUCCACAUCUAUGACAGUUACUUCAAUGAAAGGAUGACCUACCGGGCUGCUCUGAAUCUUCCCUCCACGCUUAUGCCCAACUACAAGUGCAACAUCCAGAAACACCUGGUGGCAGUUAUUGGGGGACUGGACUUUGAUUCCUCUCUCCAAAUGGCAAACAUCUUGGGCAUCUACAAGAUCCCUCAGCUCCAUCCCUUCCUUAGGAGUGUCUCCUUUAACAACUCUGCUGGGGAAACGGUAUCUUUCAGUGAGAGCAGGGAAGUAGAAGCUGGCUUUGAUAUUACCAACCUGGUCACUUUUCCAAAUAACUCCUUCAUGAGAGUCAAGGUUGGAAGACUGGGUGGGGAGGCUGUUCCAGGCCAGGAAUUCACCCUUGAUGAGAACAGAAUGGUGUGGCACAGAAGCUUUCACCAGGUUCCACCCCUUUCUGAGUGUAACCCAAAUUGCCCUCCUGGUUCCAGCAAGAAAAAGAAGGAGGGGGAGCCAUUCUGCUGCUAUGAUUGCGUUCCAUGUCCUCAAGGCAAGAUUUCGACCCAGAAGGAUAUGGAUGACUGUGUUGGGUGCCCCGAAGAUCACUAUCCAAACAUGGAACAAUCGCAAUGCAUUCCAAAGACCAUCAGCUUCUUGUCUUUCAAAGAGCCUCUGGGGAUGAGCUUAGCAUUGUUUGCUCUUUCUCUCUCUCUCCUCACAGUGGUGGUCCAAGCCAUCUUCAUUAAACAUCGGGACACACCCAUUGUCAGAGCAAACAAUCGGGACCUCACCUACACUCUCCUCAUUUCACUCCUGCUCUGCUUUCUCUGCCCAUUGAUCUUCCUCAGCCCACCAGAAAAAGUGAGCUGCCUGCUCCGACAAAUGGCUUUUGGCCUUGUAUUCACAGUGACCGUUUCUUGUGUGCUGGCCAAGACUAUCAUGGUGGUUCUGGCCUUUGUGGCCACCAAACCAGGAUCCCGAAUGAGAAAAUGGGUGGGGAAAAGACUUGGAAGCACCAUUGUGUUGUCAUGUACCAUUAUCCAGGUGGGCAUUUGCACAGUGUGGUUAGGAACCUCUCCCCCAUUUCCUGAUUCUGACAUGCACUCUGUGAUGAGGGAAAUCAUUCUAGGCUGCAGCGAAGGGUCUGUUGCCCUGUUUUACUGUGUCCUGGGCUACAUGGGCUUUUUGGCCAUUCUCAGCUUUGUUGUGGCCUUUUUUGCCAGGAAACUGCCUGAGAGCUUCAAUGAGGCCAAAUUCAUCACCUUCAGCAUGUUCUUGUUUUGUAGUGUUUGGAUCUCCUUUGUUCCGGUCUACCUGAGCACCAAGGGGAAAUACAUGGUGGCUGUGGAGAUCUUCUCCAUCUUGGCCUCCAGUGCUGGCUUAAUGGGUUCCAUCUUUUCCCCAAAAUGCUACAUCAUUGUGUUAAGACCGGAUCUGAACAGCAAGGAGCAAUUAAUAAAAAGGAAGUAGUAAAUUAUCCUAUCAUCUCUGUUUUUUGUUUUAUCAGAAUAUGGACAAUAUAUUCUCUUUCUCCACAUCAUAUCAUGUUGUAUUUUAUGUUUGUUAUUGCCUGGUAUUUUCUGCAAAUCUUCAAACAUUUUAAUUUAUGUCCUUUGUUACAACUGAAACAAGUA